AUGGUCGCUAUCACUCAAAUCGUUCUUUCCACUCUGUCCAUCGCGGCAAUAGUCCAGAGUGCUGUCGCCGCGCCUAUUCCUCUCGACACUUAUCAACGUGACUUGGAUGAGGUUAACAACUUCGAGACCCGGGAUUUCGACGUGGCCUCCGGCCUGCUCACCCGCAGCCUCCUCUAUGAAAACCUCAAGCAUAAGCGCCGCUUUGAUGACGACGCUGAUACCGUGAAGAUUGGGGUAGAAAAGCCCUUGAACAUAAAACUACCUGCACCUUUGAGGAUUCAGAAGUUGGCAGAGAUGCUCAAAAGGCCCGGAAUGAAGGUUCUCUUUAAAAAGAAGGGCAAGCGAGACCUGGAUGAGGCUGAUGGCCUGGACGCUCGAGACUUUGGCGAACCUUACGAUCUGGAAGCUCGAGAUGACGAGGUCGAGCUUUCCGACCUUGUCGCCCGCGAGAUCCUAGAUAAUUUGGGCACUGAGCUCUUCUUCAGCAGGCGCGCCUCGGAGGAUAGACGUGAUUUUGAUGAGACGUAUGGGUUAGAGGUGCGCGACAUUGGCAAUGAUGAAGAGUGGGACUAA